UUCGGCCAAAAACAACAUAUUAAACGUUUCCAAACUAUUAACCCAAAUAUAACAUGAAAAACAGAAAUGAGAUUGAAGAAGCAAGCAACCAUUAGUUUGUUUGUUUCAUUCCUUUUUCUUUUCUUCCUUUAAUGGCUCCUUCUAUUUCUUCUAUUUUCAUUUCCCACACUUUCAAUUCUUUCGCUUCCUUCACUAACUGCUCUAAAAACAACAAAAACCACACUACUCCACCUUCACAACAUAAAAAUCAUCGACUUUUUUCUUCUUCUCCAGGAAAAGUGUCUUUCGCCGCUGCAACAGGGGAGCUUUUCUUGGGAAUUGCAUCAAGAUUUAUUAAAAGCAGUUCCAAUUAUGAAGAUUCAGGCUCUACAAUCCCUGUUUUCAGCAGACCCAGAAAGAGAAUCAAUGGGAGUGAGGCUGGAAACAAUGAUAAGGACAGAAUUGGGUUAGUGAUGGAGGAUGAAAUUGAGCCAGAGGUGAUAUGGGAACAACGAGUCAAGGAUAUUGAAGCUGAAAAAGAAAGAAGAGUGGUUACUAGCCCUGGUUUUAGCUUCUCUGCUGCUGGCCUCUUGUUUCCUUAUCAUCUUGGAGUGGCCCAGUUCCUCAUUGAAAAGGGUUAUAUAAAGGAAACCACACCAUUGGCUGGUUCAUCUGCUGGUGCCAUAAUAUGUGCAGUGAUUGCUUCUGGAGCUAGCAUGGAUGAAGCCUUAAAAGCUACUAAGGACCUGGCUGAUGAUUGCCGGCUUAAAGGGACUGCAUUUCGUCUUGGGGCUGUUCUCCGAGAUAUUCUUGACAAGUUUCUGCCUGAUGAUAUUCAUACUAGGUCCAAUGGGAGGGUUCGUGUUGCUGUAACUCAGAUUCUUUGGAGGCCUAGGGGUUUACUGGUAGAUCAAUUUGAUUCUAAAGAAGAUUUGAUCAAUGCAGUCAUUACAUCUUCCUUCAUUCCUGGGUAUCUUGCUCCUCGCCCAGCAACAAUGUUCCGAAAUCGUCUAUGCAUUGAUGGGGGUUUGACAUUAUUUAUGCCCCCAACAUCUGCUUCUAAAACGGUCCGAGUCUGUGCUUUCCCAGCCAGUCAGUUGGGGUUGCAAGGAAUUGGGAUUAGUCCAGACUGCAAUCCUGAGAAUAGGGCUAGUGGAAGAGAGCUUUUCAAUUGGGCAUUGGAGCCAGCAGAUGAUGAAAUUCUUGAUAGGCUCUUUGAGUUUGGAUAUAUAGAUGCGGCCGUAUGGGGAGAGCAGAACCCUGUCAAGGACAUUGUUGCAGAUAACAGUCCCCUUGUUGGGAAUGGUUCUGCCAAGUAAAUACUUAGAUGGUCGGAUAGCAUUUCAGGGUAACUCUCAAGUCUCAACCCUGGCAAGUAGGAGAAUCGAAUUUCAUUUGGAGUGCUAGACCAUGGCUAAAAUAUAGAUAUAGUAGCCAAGAUUAUAUAAAGUUUAUAUGGUAUGAAAUUGUCAAACGACCAUGAGAUGUCAUAGGUACAGUAAGUGAGGAAGAAAGGAAUUGAAAUGUAGAAUUUAGGAUAAGGAUAUAAUAUUGUACUCUGGGAUGAUGUCAAAAUCCAUUCAUCCUUAUCCAUCUCAUGUUCUCCAUUGCCUUGUAAUCUGAGGAUUUCUUUGUAUAAUACCAGUAAAACUGCAGUUGCUCA